AUGUUCGCAGGAGUGAAAGCAGCAGUGGUGCGUGUCCCUACAGUCGUGAAAGCUGGCGUAGUUGGUGCUGCAUUGGGGGCAGCUGCUGUACCUGUCGGAAAAGGCCUCGUUUCCCGCGGCUCCUCAGGAUCAAAAGGCAGGUACAUGAUUGCAGACAACCGCCAGUCGUCAGAUGAAGUUGACGGAGAACCGGUGGUCGAGGAUCGUGAGGAAGGAGGAAUGACAGCUUUUGGGAUUAUCGCCCUGAUAAUCGGACUCGGGAUUAUCGGACUACUUGGGUAUUGGCUGUUGAGAUACUGGUGCGAAAUAAGGCCGAUUCAGAAGCGACUGAAGCAUGAUGCGGAAAAUCCGUUGCUGAGACAGGACGAGAACGAAAAUGUUGUUGCAGGAAAGACGAAGGAGCUGGAAGCCGUGCCAUUGGUGGCAUAUUCGCGUCGGACCGUCGCUGGCGACUGCAACGACGACGACGACGACGAGCGUGCGCAAGACAUUUCGCCGCCAGAGUCCGUCGGCGACUUCCGUCGCGGGCACAGCAACAGGUCGACCAACGGGUCGCGAUGCAGCGACGGAGGCAGCGACCGCGGAAGUGUCGGCGGCGGGGACCAAGACCGCUCCUCGCCCAGCGUCCUCUAUCCGUCAAUUUCUGCCGUGAAGAAAAUCGACGAACCGGAUCAUUCGGACGACGAUUUUUUGUACGCGACAUCGGCCAGGAUCAAGACACCCAACUAUGUUGACGAGUUUGUGGGAUUCGAACGUGUCAACGACUCAGUUCAGAAAGCCCGCAUCGACGCCGCUGUCGAGAAUUUCGAGUCGCAAGUUGCCGCCGAUGUACCCGCUGUGCAACCCGGAAAACCGACAGUGUCGAAUGUCCUGGGUUGGAACAUAGAAGACGGUGGACGAACUUCUAAGACGUGUUUGAUCCCGACAAUGUCCUGCGACUCAGAACCGGUCGUCAUGUCAUCGACGCCAUUAAUGUCCUCCGCAUUUCCCGUCGUCAAUGUCGUUCCUGUCGACACAUCAAACAAUCCUUCAGAAGACGCUGGGAAAGAAGCAGAAAAAGAAAAAUGCGCUAAAGAAGCAGAGGCUGAUCCUCAGACACCAAAAGAAGAAGACGAAAUUUCAGCAGAUAUUUCAGAGAAAGACAUGAUCGUCGACAUCGACGCCGACGCCGAAGGCGAAGAAGAAGAAGAGCAAGAAAGAAAAGAUCCCGAGGGUCAGGAGCGACACUCUCCGUUGGCCACUGAAAAACUCAGCGGAGAUAAUUUGGAAACUGUCCGCCAGAUGUCGUCCACGCUGGACAAACUCGACGAGAGCGUCUCGACCAUUGAGAAUAUCGUCGUCGACGGGAAACAGUGUGUCGUUGACGUCGGUGACGACGCAGAGCACGACUCUUCCACCGACUCUGGAGACUAUGACCCUGUCAUGCAUGACACGGCCACACUGAAGGUUGUCAAGAAACCCGAGCCAACGGAGACUUCCAUCUAAAACAACAAGAAGAAAAAAAAAAAUUACGGAGUAUCCCCAAAAACCGUGAAUAUUUCUAGGAUUUGUGAACGAAAUCAUUGAAAAAAAUCAUGUUACAGUUGAGUAAUUUGACCAAUAAACACUUUUUUUUUCUUAAUUAUAAUUCUUUAUAUUGAGGCUAAGCUGCUGAAAAUUGUCAUUGUCUGCGAAGUUUUUUUUAUUUUGAAAUUCUGCUGUUUUCCUGAAGUACGAGUCCUGCGAAGGUUGAACAUUAUAAAAUUUUGAUAUAACCGUAAUUUUUUUCUUUAAGGAAAAAUUCAUACUUGUUAUACCUUUGAGAAAAAUUUGCCUCUCUCUCUCUCUUCUGCCAAAUGCUUCUUGAAAUGAUUUUUUUCAAUUUCACCUUUUUAAAUUUUACUGUGUCAUUUCGUGAGAGAAACUUCAGGAUUUUAUGUUCACAAUUCCUAGAAAUAUUUAUAAAAGUUUUUGAAGGGUUAAAUUGUGCGUGAAUUACCUUGUAGAAGUGUAAUUGUGUAAUUCUUGCUUGGGUGUCUCAUCUUGAGAGUUCAUGGGUUGCAUUUUGUUCGGUUUUGGUGGACUAACACCAAAUGGGAUCCCCUUAGUAUGCGGGGCUGAAGAUGUCGUUGAUUUGAGUGACAGAGGUUUUUGAAACUGAAGCAGUUUCUCUUAUAAGUUUCGUUUUGAGGAGGUGUGCAAAACUGACCAAGGUUUUUGACGCUUUUCUGGACCACUCUAUUACAUUUUGAAAAUUCAAGUAUUACAUCAGGUAUUGGUUACGUAUCUUUUGCCAAUUGGUUGCUUUGAGCCAUCGAUAUUAUUUUUGACCUGACGCUUGGGUUCCUGACAUAUUUUUGUUUGUAUUGUAUUUUCAGUUUUCGGUUUUGGGGAAGUGGUUUUAGGGGUUCUGAUAUUGUAAUUAGUUGAACCUCCCUGAGUGAAAAAGCGCCCUGAAUUGCAUUUCCUGUUGAUCCUUAUUUUUAAUUUCCCUUGAGAUCAAUGCAUUUUAAAGCUUGCUCAUUCGAAAUUUAUUGGCUCUAACCUGCUGUAGUAAAAUUUCCAAGGGAUUUGUGUUAUUAACCUCAGGCUAAAUUUUAGAGCACCCGUUCCAGGAAACAAAAUAAAUGUAUGCAAAUUCCUGCAGAUGAAAAAUGUUUGAGUAACGAAAAUUUUUAAUAGAGGGGCGAGAAAAUCAUCUUUUCUUGAUUAAAGCUAUAAACACACAUGUAUUGGGUCAUUCUUCCCAAACUCAAAAACUUUUGAAAGUCUAAUUUUUCUUCUGGAGUCUCUUUGAAUGUUACUUUGAGUGUUUCAGUUGUACUGUAAGUGUUGUACAAUGUCAGGAUUUACCCAUUUGUAAAAAUAAAAAAUACAGUCAUUUAUAAAGUUGUUCAUGCUAAAACAUUUUCAUCCCAAGCCAACAUUUUUCUUAAAUAGAGUUGGACAGCAUAUGUAGUUGGAGGGGUUCUUGUUUAAUUCGAAACCUUUCGACAUCUGAGUUCAAAUUUCCAACUGUAAAUCAGUGAAUUUGAAUUAGAUUUCAUGUUUUUUUUACUCAUCUCUUGAUUUGAUUUAGUGCAUUCAUGGCUUAGUUGAUGGGCAUUAAAUGCACCUCAUUGUGUUGCCCUUCAAAUAGUUCUCAUUUCAAGUUUUAUCUCUGAAAAAGUCGUGCUUCAAAUGCUUUUUCUUGUCUUUCUGAGUUUUUAGUCUGAAAAAAAGCUUACCUCAAUAAUGCUAAGAAAAAAAUCAACUCGAUAAUCGAAAAGUACACUAAGCCUUUUCAAAGAAUUUUGAUGAUUGGCAAAGAUUCUGUGUCGACAAUUUUGGAACUACGGAAGGGGUUGAAGGAGGAUUUGCUCAAAUCAAAAUAUUUCGUGCUCGUGUUUACCUGCAAAAAAAAGUGAGAAAAUAUCUUCCAUUCGAAUUCCCUGAAACUUUGUGAGGCGCCUUUUAUACAUUGUUUUUUUUUUGCGAAAAACAAAAUCGCUAUCCUGAAGCUGGACCUUUAUUUUAAAGGCGAUUUCAACAACUUGCUCAAGAAACUUUCUGACACUUCGUGACGCUAAUUAUCGUUAUACUUUUUUCAAGAAGAGCAAUCUUUUGUAAAUGAUGCGUUUUUUUUCAGUAGCUUUUGUUUUUGUGCGGAGAAGAAAAAUGCCUUGUGUAGUGUUCAAAGAAAUGCGGCGACGAAAAGGAAAUGUUGGCUGACUUGCGAUUGAAAGAAAAGAAACACUUUGAGCUUCCACCGAACUGGAUUUGAGUCAAAUGUUCCAAAUUAUUCUUCGCAUUCUUUUUUUUAUGAUGAAGAAAAGGAGAAAACAUUUCGUGAGAAUUUGAGAAUGAGAAAAAUAUAUUGGAAAUAAUUCUU